GGGCGGAGGCGGAGCGGGCGGUGUAAACAGACCCGGGAGCCGCGAGCCCCGGAGGAGGCGCGGGCGGCGCCGCCAUGGACUUCCAGCAGCUGGCAGAUAUCGCGGAGAAGUGGUGUUCCAGCACGCCCUUCGAGCUCAUCGCCGCCGAGGAGAGCGAGCGCAGGAUGGACUUCUAUGCCGACCCGGGCGUAUCCUUCUACGUGUUGUGUCCCGACAACGGCUGCGGCGACAGUUUCCACGUGUGGAGUGAGAGCGAAGACUGCCUGCCCUUCCUGCAGCUAGCACAGGAUUACAUCUCCUCCUGCGGCAAGAAGACACUCCACGAAGUCUUGGAAAAGGUCCUCAAGUCCUUCAGACCUCUGCUGGGGCUCCCAGAUGCAGAUGACGACGCAUUUGAAGAGUACAGUGCGGAUGUGGAGGAGGAGCCAGAGGCGGACCACCCCCAAAUGGGGGUCAGUCAGCAAUAAACUCCUAGGUCACCUUCCAGAAGGGGAUGAAGCCCUGUGCUGCCUGCCGAUGGGGUCCUGUGCUCCUGAGGUAGCCUUUUGUAUUAGCUCUUCAAAACAGGACAUCGGGCUCCCGACAUCCAGCUGAAAAUGAAAUACCUUUUAAAUGACCACACAGUGUCUGUGAUGAGCUUUGCUCAGAGUGAUCAGAAUUUCUGCCCCCACUCUGGCGGGGGUUUCUAUGGAGGUGUCUCGGUAGCCUUUGCCACUUUGAAGUUAGAACCCAUGUUGUGGCUGCCUGUUCCCUCUUGAGUUUAUGUUGGAGAAUUAACGUUUGCUGAUUGGAAUGUAGAGAACUCCGAAUGUAUUAGGGAUGUGUUUUGAGUCCUCCCAGGUGACCUUGCUGAGGAGAAGCAUGACGGAGGAGAAAUGCAGCCUGCACUCUUCAUGUACCUUUUAAGUGUCCGUAGGUGAAAGGUUUUGCUUAGAAAGCAUGAGUUUUGAUAUCUAGUCGUGAAAUGCAGAGGGCGAGGGUGGCUGAGGCUCCUUGGAGUCUCGCUGGUGCUGAAUUGGUUACCUGGGCAUGCUAGCCACUGGUUAGUGUAAAUGUUUUGUGGUUGUUCGAACAUUUUAAACCAUGCUAGUUCCAAAGCCACUUUUAAAUUCUACUAGUGGGAAGUAUGGGUGGGGUGAAAGAUAUAAAUUAUUGAUUCCUUUGAGCUGUUUCUAAACCUGCAUAUGAAGUGAAACCUUUACCCUCUUCCUUUAUGAGACGGCAACUUGUUAAAUCAUGAAAACAACCAGAAUCCGAGCAAGUACUCCUUAGGCUUUGAAGCCACUGAUGAAAUCUAAUAGGAAAAUAAACCAGGAUAAAAAAAUUAAUAUAAUGAAAUCCUGUACUUUUCUAAUCUUUUAUUCUUUAGAGAAUGUCAAGAAAAGUCUCCCACUGAGUUAAUUUAUUUAAAAUUAUAAUUAAAUACUCCAGGGAGCCUACAUGCAGUGAAAUUUUAAAGGGACAUGAAAGUGGGAAUCUUAAUUAGAGGAUUGCUUGCUUAAAAAGAGGACGUUUGUAAUGAGCAGGACACACAGUCAGAAGUAACUGCUGUCAUUAUUUAGUCAAUAAAUACUUACCAGGAUAUUCUCUAAUGCUGUUAUAAGACCCUUCUGUGUUUGGGGUUCUCAUAACUUAGGAUGCAAGAGCCCCCUUACAUCUCUUAAUUCCUCCAGUCAUCCAGUUUGGGAAUGUUCACACACACACACACACACACACACACACACACACACACACACACACGUCAUCAGUAUUUUAAGCUAAAAACAAACCAAACCCACAGUGGCAGAAGCUUGUGUUUGUGGCAGCGGUGUCUGGGCAUUUUCUGUUUGAUUCAGUGGUACCGUGAAAGGCCCCGCUGCCCCUUGGUGCACUGCAGAGUUCAGUUCCUGGGUGAUGUCACAUCGUGGUUUCCAUCUGUGCUUUGUACCUGUGAUUUUAUUUUCUGGAGGAAACUUAUUAAUGGUUAAUCUCAAGCUGAGUUACUUCCCUUGAAGUCGCCCCUUAGCAAAGUCAGACUUAGUGCUCCUUCCAAGGUGUGAGGUCCAGUCCUACCUGUGCCCCACCCACCCACCCUUUCUGCUCACAGCCUGGAGACUGAGCUCUCUGACUUGUAGAUGUGGUCCUUUUAAACAUGAUAGGCCACACAGAUAAAUGGCUUUUGUUGGUAAAAUGAAGAUACCUGAGCAGUUUGCUCCAUUAUGAGGUAACCUGGAAUUUUAUACAGAGACUUCAAAUCUAAAUUUACAUGUGUUUGGACAUUAAUAUAAGAUGGAUUUUUAUCAAAAAAACAUAUUUAAAUUUUGACCAAAUAUACUUGGUAUUCUCAUAUUGGUGUUCUCUAUUUCUACAAGUUAAGACCCCUGGUGGUGCAGUGGGCUGCUGGAAACUGGUCUUUCUUCUGCCCAGGGGUCAGGAAGAAAGACCAUCCCUGGAUGUGGCUGAUUUCCAUGACAAAACGCCCAGGCAUCAGCAUAUGCACUGUCCUUGCGAACCUCCUUCUCUGCUGUCAUGUGUGUAUCCCUUCCAGUGUGCACCUGUGUGUGCAAGCAUGCUCACACCCGCUCCUACCCAUUCUGUUGACCCUCAAAUCACAGUUGGGGUUGAAGGCAGACAGCCUGUGGUUAGUGAUGCAAACAGCUCCUCAGUGAGACCCUCCCCUAGCCUACAGAGGCAUUCCAGUGGCAACCAUGGGGUGGGAGGAGAAACACUUACUUCUAGGGUUGACUCAGCCCUUGACUGCAGGACGUGGAUAAAUCAUGUAACUUUUCUACGUAACAAGGAGGGGUAUUUGCUCUUGUAGCUUUAAAAACCCGACUGAUGCGGCUGCCGUAGGAAGUGUGUGAGCCAGAGAGCAGCAGUUGAGGACAGUGAGGGACAUGGGAAGAAAAUAAUUUGGGAUUUUGCCAAAGAUGAUGCCCUUAAGAUGUUGGCCAUGCCACUACCUUAGAACAUGGUGGCAGCGGGUGUCCAGAUCCCUGGAGCCUGAUGUGGGCUCCGUCCCAGGCAACCAAAUGAAAUUCUGUUGCUUUGAGAAAUGGGGAAUCAGAAGCCCCUGAAGAUGGUUUGCCUCUGCUGAACCUGCUCUGCCAGGGGUGGGCAAAAUUGCUUUUUGGUCCCGCCCCCCCUCCCCGUUCCCCCUCUGAAGGCUUUGGAGGUGGUCGGCAGUUAGCGCAAGAGGGGAAAUGGGCAUGAAGAACAGCUGGCGAUGAAUGGGUGGUGAGCACUUUGCCUGUCCUGUCACUCUGGAAGAGAAAACGACAGUGAAAAACUUGUCAGGCAGUCAACAGAGUGAGAAGAAACACACGAGGGAAAGACUGAUUGCUGACCAACAUGACCAGGGAGGGACUGAUUGCUGACCAACAUGACCAGGGAGGGACUGAUUGCUGACCAACAUGACCAGGCUGUGAAGUCUGAAUCGUACCAUGACAACAAUACAAAGCCUGACCUUAGCGCUGACUGACCCACGGAGACAUUUUCCUCCUAUCCGACUGAUUACCCUGCCUGGUAAUAGCACUGAGCAGGCUUCAGGGAUCCAAGUUCAGAACCGGGGAGGGUAGUGAAGCAUUGCCUGGUACACUUGGGUUCAGUCCCACAGAAUUUGUGACUCCUAGGCCCACUGCAGCACAUGGUACAUUUUGUGUCUCCAUGACCAGAGCGCACAAAACGUCUGCCACAUGAUGAGAUUGUCCUUUGCACACUGGUGCCAGUAAAACUGAAGCACACUGGGAGUGAGUGACACCAGUGUUCAGUACAGGCAGAAACUUCUCUAGCACAAUGCAUGUUGAAUAUUGUUUCAGUCUCUCAGAGCACAAAGAGUGUGUCCAGGGUGUUGUAGUUCCAGAGCGGAAUUAUUAGUUUUUGCAUGUUAAAACUCACCAGUUGGGAAAGUUUAAUCAAAUCGGGUUUUCUACAGUGAGAGGAAUGUAGGAAUGAACAAGACUUAAUGUGGGUUGGGAGAUGAACGGCGACCGUGAGAGAGUUAGGUCUCAGUCCACCCGGGUUGUAAACAAAGCACAAAGCCCACACUUACCUCCUGGGGUACAGGACAACACGUGUUUUCUUGGCUGUCUCUGGAGGGCUGCUUUCCUCAGAGCCUGGUUGUUCAGAGGGUGCUGAUGAUGGCUGUGACUUUCCCAGUGCCCCCUGCCAAGCCAAGGGCAAGGCAGGUGUGCUGUACACCUGGUGGAAUUCCUUCCCGUAAAAUAAAAUCAGCUGCUCGCCUGAGAAGCAAGCCUUCCAGAGUGCUGGCCCCGGCUGGAGUGGCUGCGAUGGCAGCUGGGGCACCGGGAGCCAUACCUGCCCUCUCCCACUAGUGCUUCAGUUGUCAGUUUCUGCACUAAGCCUUGAGGAGAUGCCAUGCAUGGCUUGUGGCAUCGUUUACAGACGUGCAUAAAAUCUUUUUUGCAUUAGAAACCCCUCUUUCGUACAAACUCAGUUAACCUUGGUUUAAUGGUAACUAGUGUGAUUUGAGAAACCGAGGUCUUUUAGGUUUCAUACGGAUUAGGUGUAAAACUUGCCAGAACGCUGGUAGUCUGUGGUCUGUGGCAAUGGCCAUGAGCAUUUCAUGUUAGGAGCCGCAUUCUCCACACUGUAAUGCUGAAUAGUUCCAAGCAGCUUAAAGUGUGUACCAAGCUACGUAGGAAUUAACAUUCGGUUCGCUUAGGGAUGUGUUCAAGUUGUUCAGCAUAAGGGAGGAAGCUGGCCGUGUGCUCUUCAAACCUUUUCCUGGGCUUUCCUUCGUUUUUGUUUCUCGAGAUUCUAUUUUAGCAGGUACCUUCUGAAUUGGCCAGGACCAAUGCUCUAUACAAAUGACAGCUUUUCUAGAAGGCGCUAAAAUAAAUAUUCAGUGCUGGGCAGGCCCAAACCCAGGUACAGUCCAGUGCUAAUUUGUGUACAAGCAGGAUUGCAGCCAUCUCCAAAGAAGCAAAUCAGAAGAAACAGAAGCAAGGGCCCUUGCUGUUCGGUUUUUGGUUUUUCGGGUGGGGAGUUUCUCCUGUGUGGUGCCUACUCUUCUUUGCGUUCACAUUUCCUUUCAGACAGCGCUCUUGUAAACGACAAACUGUGACAUGGGUUGCCAAAAACUGUGCCCUUUCUUAGAUGCUUCAGACAGAACUGUGUAAAUUCUCUCUGCACCCUGUCCCAUCUGCUCCCUCCUCCCUCCCAUGAGAGCAAGGACCACAUCCAAGGAUGUAAUUACCAUAAGCUUGCUAUUAAAGAGCCUUUCAGCCCUA